AUGGCUCACGUACGAAUGGCGAGGUUCAUUCUGUGCUCCUGCACCUCGCUGCGGGCUGCUGUCCGACCUGCGCCUCUCGUCGCGCCUUCUCGCACUCGCUCUUUCCCCGCUUUCCUUCACACGACUCGCCCGCUCUCGCAAUCGCUGGAACCGCCCAUAGACGAUAUCGAAGCGCUCGAGAAGGAGCGACAGAAGGCGUCAAAACCGAAGCGAAAGACACCGCCGAAGCCUCGUCCUAAGAAGGAGCUGCCAGAACUGAACGAGGACGACUUGGACGAGACUUUCGUGCGAGGCGGCGGACCCGGCGGCCAAGUAACGAACAAGACCUCGAACGCGUGCUCGCUCAUUCACAGACCGACAGGCAUCCGAGUUCUCUGCCACGAGACGAGGAGCAGGGAGACGAACCGCAAGCUGGCGAGGCGGAUCAUGCGGAACAGGCUCGACCAGCACUACUCGGCGCCCGGCGAAUCAGCACGCGACCUGAUUGCCGCGCGAGAACGGCAGAAGAAGGCGGCGAAGAAGCGCAAGGCGAAAAAGCGACUUGAGGCCAAGAAGGCGGCCAAGACGGGCGAGACUGUUGAAGAGGACGAGGAGGAUGGCGAGGAAGAGUGGGAUGCGGAGGAGACGCUGCCGAGCGAGAAGGGCGAAGCAGAGACGACGACUGAAGUAGAGAAGCGGUAG